AUGAGUAUGUCAAGCAAAAACGACAACAAGAUAUCGGUAGAGCAAAGGGUAUCGACUGAUUUUGGUGAAGCUUACCAACUCGAAGGACUUGGCUCCAACCUAAGGUCGAUUCGUUCGAAAACUGGUGCUGGUGAGGUGAAUUAUAUCAAUGCUGCUAAAUCGGUAAAUGAUAACCAACUGCUUGCGGAGAUUGGUUACAAACAAGAACUAAAGAGACAAUUUUCAACUGUACAAGUUUUUGGUAUCGCAUUCUCCAUUAUGGGUCUAUUGCCAUCUAUUGCCUCUGUCAUGGGUGGUGGACUUGGCGGUGGUCCGGCAACAUUGUUGUGGGGUUGGUUCGUUGCUGCUUUUUUCAUCUUACUUGUUGGUAUUACUAUGGCUGAACAUGCAAGUGCCAUCCCUACCGCUGGUGGUUUGUACUACUGGACAUACCAUUAUGCUCCUGAAGGUUACAAGGAAAUUAUUUCUUUUAUUAUUGGUUGUUCGAACUCGCUAGCAUUGGCAGCUGGUGUCUGUUCAAUCGACUAUGGUUUGGCUGAAGAAAUUGCCGCUGCUGUCACCUUGACCAGAGAUGGGAACUUUGACGCGACGAGUGGGAAACUUUAUGGUAUAUUUGCAGGGGCAGUGGUGCUCAUGGGUAUUUGUACAUGUAUUGCCUCCGGGGCCAUUGCUCGUCUGCAAACAGUGAGUAUAGUUGCCAACCUAUUUAUCAUCGUUUUGUUGUUUAUUGCCUUACCAAUCGGUACCAAGCAUAAUAUGGGAGGUUUCAACAACGGUGAAUUUAUAUUUGGGAAGUUUGAAAAUAUGAGUGAUUGGAAUAAUGGUUGGCAAUUUUGUCUGGCUGGUUUCAUGCCUGCUGUUUGGACUAUUGGCUCCUUUGAUUCGUGUGUUCAUCAGUCUGAGGAAGCCAAGGAUGCUAAAAAAUCUGUUCCCAUCGGUAUUAUUUCAUCUAUUGCUGUCUGUUGGGUUCUAGGUUUGUUGAUUAUUAUUUGUUUGUUGGCCUGCAUUAACCCUGACAUCGACAGUGUUUUGAACUCUAAAUAUGGUUUUGCUUUGGCUCAAAUAAUUUAUGAUUCGUUAGGAAAGAAGUGGGCCAUUGCAUUCAUGUCAUUGAUUGCUUUCUGUCAAUUUUUAAUGGGAGCUUCCAUCACAACAGCUGUUUCUAGGCAAGUGUGGGCAUUCUCCCGUGAUAAUGGACUGCCAUUAUCAAAGUAUAUUAAAAGAGUGGAUUCUAAAUACUCCGUUCCAUUUUAUGCUAUUUUGGCUGCAUGUGUAGGUUCGUUGAUCUUAGGUUUGCUGUGUUUGAUUGAUGAGGCCGCUACCUCCGCAUUGUUUAGUUUGGCAGUGGCAGGAAAUAAUCUGGCUUGGAGUACUCCUACGGUUCUGCGUUUGACAUCAGGUAGAGAUCUUUUUAGACCCGGUCCAUUCUACCUAGGUAAAUUCUGGUCUCCAAUUAUUGCCUGGAUUGGCGUCGCUUUCCAAGUGUUCAUUAUUAUUUUGGUUAUGUUCCCUAGUCAACAACACGGCAUUACAAAAUCCACUAUGAACUAUGCAUGUGUUAUCGGCCCCGGUAUUUGGUUCCUUGCAGGUGUUUAUUAUAAAGUCUACAAAAAGAAAUAUUACCACGGUCCAGCAACUAAUUUAUCCGAUGAUGACUACGCUGAUGCCGUUGGUGUUGAUGUUAUCGAUGCCAUUAUCUCCAAACAAGAGCCAUAG